CACCAGUAACAGAGGCGGUGGAGCUCCCAAAGAAAAAGGCGCUUUUAUUUUUUAUUUUAUGGCAUGGGUUAUUUUCAACACUGCCGCAGUGACGGAAAUCCGAGGAGAUUGUGAACUAGUGGGACAUUUCUAAAUGAAUGGUGACGCCACAUUGUGUUCACAAUAUAUUUUAAUUUGAAAAAUAGUGUGUCGGCUUAUAUGGAUCACGCAUGCUGAUACUGUAUACUACAUAUACAUGACUGCAUGAGAACAACUCGUAGGCUCACUAGGUUGUAGCAAGCCUUUCAAUGUUUCUACAUUUGUAUCCAUUGCCUACUGCUGYCAGUGAAGCUACCUUAGCUAUUCUCAGUGCGUGGUUGCAGGGCGCAAAGAGAACGGACAAUCGCACCGGACCAUUCGAGGUGUUCGGAUGAGGUGUUUGAAUAUAUUCUUUGAUCUUAGAAUUCAAGCCAACCUUAUAUCCAGUAUUUUAUAUAUAUUAAAAAAGCAAUGACAUCUGACAUUGCAAAGGUGUGGGCAAUGAGGUUGUUCUUCGUGGGAUUUCUGCUCAGUUUGGAGCUCCUAUCUCCUACAGCAUCUAUUGAUGCUCCAAAGACGUGUAGUCCUAAGCAGUUUGUGUGUAAAGAUCAGGUGACCUGCAUCUCUAAAGGAUGGCGCUGUGAUGGAGAGAAGGAUUGUCCAGAUGGGUCGGACGAGUCGCCUGAUAUCUGUCCACACAGAGUGUCCCUGUGUCCGGCCAAUGAAUUUGAGUGUCUGGGGACAGACAUGUGUAUCCACAUGAGCAGACUGUGUGAUGGGAGCCCUGACUGCACUGAUGGCUGGGAUGAGGGGCCACACUGCAGAGAGCUUGGACCAGACUGUGCCACCCAUGGCUGCGAGGGCAACUGCUCUGUAACACACCAAGGGCCCAAGUGUUACUGCAAAAUUGGCUAUGAAGUCAGCCAGGAUGGAAAGACAUGCAAAGAUUUCAACGAGUGCAGUGUGUACGGGACAUGCAGUCAGACGUGCUCCAACAACGAGGGCUCCUACACCUGCAGCUGUGUGGAGGGCUACCUACUGCAGCCAGACAACCGCUCCUGCAAGGCCAAGAACGAUCCUGUGGAACAGCUGCCGGCGCUGAUCGCUAACCUCAAUGACAUCCGCUGUACGUCUCUGAGUGGCAUGCCCACCCGCCUCCCGGCCAUCAGCACCAAGAAGACCACUGCCAUGGACUUCAACUACGCCCAGGAGACAGUGUGUUGGAUCGACGUGGGGCGACUCGUCGCCGCCAACACCCACCUGAAGUGUGCCUCCAUCCCUGAGCUGAAAGACUGUCAACAACAUCAGGAUAAUUAACACUCACUCAGCCUGCACCAUGUGGAGCAGAUGGCUAUUGACUGGCUGACAGGAAACUUCUACUUUCUGGACAACGUGGACGAUCGUAUAUUUGUGUGCAAUGUCGACGGCCAGACAUGUGUCACUCUGCUGGAUCAGGAGCUCUACAACCCUAAAGGCAUCGCCCUGGACCCCCUCAUGGGGAAGUAUUCUUCACGGACACGGUCAGGGACUCCCAAGGUGGAGCGUUGUGACAGACGGUCAGAAAACCGGACCAAGCUGGUGGAUAGUAAGAUCGUGUUCCCCCACGGUAUCACCCUGGACCUGGUCAACAGGCUGGUCUACUGGGCUGAUGCCUACCUGGACUACGUAGAGGUGGUGGACUACGAAGGCAAGAACAGACAUACCAUCAUACAAGGCCUGCUGAUUGAACACCUUUAUGGGCUGACGGUGUUUGAGAACUACCUGUACGCCACCAACUCAGACGAAGGCAACCUAAACCCCGCUAAGACCAGUGUGAUCCGGAUCAACCGUUUCAACUCCUCUGACUACACRGUGGUUACCAGGAUGGACCGCGGCGCCGCCCUGCACGUGUACCAUCAGAGACGCCAACCCCCAGUGAGAGAGAAGAGUCAUGCGUGUGCCCCGGACCAGUUUAAGAAGCCAGGAGGCUGCUCAGACCUCUGUCUGCUGGGGAACAGCCACAAGACCUGGACCUGCCGCUGUCGCUCUGGAUUCAGCCUGGGCAGYGAUGGGAAGUCCUGCAAGAAACCUGAACACGAGUUGUUCCUGGUGUACGGUAAGGGUCGCCCUGGCAUCAUCCGUGGCAUGGACAUGAAUGCCAAGGUCCCAGACGAGUACAUGAUCCCCAUUGAGAAUCUGAUGAACCCGAGGGCGCUGGACUUCCAUGCCGAGAGCGAAUUCAUCUACUUCGCUGACGCCGUGAGUUACAUAAUUGGACGGCAGAAGAUCGAUGGCACAGAGAGAGACACCAUACUAAAGGACGGCAUCCACACCGUGGAGGGGAUAGCGGUAGACUGGAUGGCAGGUAACCUAUACUGGACAGACGACGGGCCCAUGAAGACCAUCAGUGUGGCCAGGUUGGAGAAAGCCUCUCAGACACGCAAGACCCUCAUUGAGGGCAAGAUGACCCACCCCCGUGCCAUCGUAGUGGACCCCCAGCACGGGUGGAUGUACUGGACAGACUGGGAGGAGGACCCCAAGAAGACUAACCGAGGGAAGAUCAAGAAGGCGUGGAUGGACGGCUCGCAUGACCAGGUCCUGCUGACCAGUAAGACAGUGCUGUGGCCCAACGGCCUGAGUCUGGACAUCCCGCAGGGCAUCCUGUACUGGGUGGACGCAUACUACGACCGCAUCGAGAUGGUUGACCUCAACACCACAGAGCGCAAGAUGGUGUACGAGGGAAAUGAGCUGAACCACGCCUUCGGCCUGUGUCACUACAAGCACUUCCUGUUUUGGAACGAGUACCGUGGCGGCAGCAUCUUCAAACUGGACACAACCACCAGCACUGUCACGCUGCUCCGCAACGAACGCCCACCCCUCUUCGAGAUCCGCGUGUACGACGCUCACCAGCAGCAAGGCACCAACCUGUGUCGUGUGAAAAACGGAGGCUGCAGCAGUCUGUGUCUGGCUAUCCCUGAUGGCAGGUCCUGUGGCUGUGCUGACGACCAGAUACUGGAUGACGACAAUGUCACCUGUAAAGCCAACCCCACCUACAUCCCUCCUCCUCAGUGUCAGCCCGGAGAGUUUGCCUGUAAGAACAACCGCUGUAUCCAGGAGCGAUGGAAGUGUGACGGUGACAACGACUGUUUGGACAACAGCGACGAGGCGCCUGAGCUCUGCCACCUGCACACGUGUCCAUCGGACCGGUUCAAGUGCCAGAAUAACCGCUGUAUCCCCCUGCGCUGGCUCUGUGACGGGGACAAUGACUGAAGCGAUGAGGAUGAGUCCAAUACUACCUGCUCAGCUCGUACGUGCCCACCCAACCAGUAUGCGUGUGCCAGUGGGCGCUGCAUCCCCACUUCCUGGACAUGUGACCUGGAUGAUGACUGUGGGGACCGUUCUGACGAGCCGGCCUCCUGUGCCUACCCCACCUGCUUCCCCCUCACCCAGUUCACCUGUGCCAACGGACGUUGCAUCAACGUCAACUGGCGCUGUGAUAACGACAACGACUGUGGUGACAACAGUGAUGAGGCUGGCUGCAGCCACUCCUGCUCCAGUGUUCAGUUUAAGUGUAACAGCGGCCGCUGCAUCCCUGAGUACUGGACCUGUGACGGGGACAAUGACUGUGGAGACUACAGCGACGAGACCCACGCCAACUGUACCAACCAGGCAACGCGUCCUCCAGGUGGUUGCCACGUGGAUGAGUUCCAGUGUCGCAUGGACAGCCUGUGCAUCCCCAUGCGCUGGCGCUGCGACGGGGACACAGACUGCAUGGAUCUGAGUGAUGAGAGCGACUGUGAGGGAGUGACACACAUGUGUGACCCAGCCGUCAAGUUCAGCUGCCGAAACUCUGCUCGGUGUAUCAGUAAGGCCUGGGUGUGUGAUGGGGACAGUGACUGUGAGGACAGUUCUGAUGAGGACAACUGUGAGGCGUUGGUAUGUAAGCUGUCCCACCACGUCUGUGCCACCAACGCCUCUGUCUGUCUGCCCGCUGAGAAGCUGUGUGACGGCACUGACGACUGCCCUGAUGGCUCAGACGAGAAACUCUGUGACCUGUGCUCCAUAGACAACGGCGGCUGCAGCCACAACUGCUCCAUCAUCCCUGGGGAAGGCUUCAUGUGUUCCUGCCCCCUGGGCAUGGAGCUGGGCGCCGACAACAAGACCUGCAACAUCAUGAACCUCUGUGCCAAGCACCUCAAGUGCAGCCAGAAGUGUGAGCAGGAGAAGAGCAGUGUCAAGUGUUCUUGCUACGAGGGCUGGGAGCUGGAGACAGAUAUGGAGAGCUGCAAGAGCACUGUAUACUCUGCUCUGUAUGACGGCUCUGGUCUGAUCGAGGUGCUGAGGGGUCAUGAGUACCUGUCUCAUCCUUUUGCUGUCACUAUGUACGGAGGAGAGGUGUACUGGACAGACUGGAGGACCAACACCCUGGCCAAGGCCAACAAGUGGACCGGCAACAACGUAACCGUGAUCCAACGCACCAACACACAACCCUUCGACCUGCAGGUGUAUCAUCCCUCCAGACAGCCCCAGGCUCCUAACCCUUGUGCAACCGCUGAUGGGCAGAGCCCCUGUUCUCACCUGUGUCUGAUCAGCUACAACCAGACUUUCUCCUGUGCCUGUCCUCACCUCAUGAAGCUGCAGGCUGACAAACACACCUGCAAAGAGUCCCGUCAGUUCCUGCUGUAUGCCCGUCAGACAGAGAUCAGGGGAGUGGACAUAGACAACCCCUACUAUAACUACAUCAUCUCCUUCACGGUGCCAGACAUAGACAACGUGACUGUGGUGGACUAUGACGCUCUGGAGAACCGGAUCUACUGGUCAGAUGUUCGAACCCAGACCAUCAAGAGAGCCUUCAUCAACGGGACCGGAGUGGAGACUGUGGUGUCUGCUGACCUGCCCAACGCCCAUGGUCUGGCAGUAGACUGGGUGUCUAGGAACCUGUUCUGGACCAGCUAUGAUGUCAAUAAGAAACAGAUCAACGUGGCCAGACUGGACGGAUCCUUUAAGAACGCUGUAAUCCAGGGCCUUGAUAAACCCAACUGUCUGGUCCUGCACCCUUGUGACAUGGUCAGGAUAUCCUACCUGUACCAGUCUGUCAUGCUCAGUGGUGACAUGGGUGUGUUUGUCAGCCUGCAGCUUCAUGAGGUGAGACAGGCAGCAGGAGAAAGUCUGGUUGUAGCUGAUCAGCACACAGGCAUCAACCUGUGUAGCAAUAAGAAUGGAGACUGUUCCCAGCUGUGCCUGCCCACCUCCCCUAGCACCAGAGCCUGUAUGUGUACCGCAGGUUACAGCCUCCAGAGUGGGCGGCAGUCCUGCGAGGGCAUGGGCUCCUUCCUGCUCUACUCAGUACAUGAGGGCAUUAGAGGAAUCCCCCUGGACCCGUCUGAUCAAUCCGAUGCCCUGGUGCCCGUGUCUGGCACCUCGCUGGCUGUGGGCAUCGACUUCCACGCUGACAAUGACACUAUCUACUGGGUGGACAUGGGCCUGAGCACCAUUAGCAGAGCUAAGAGAGACCAGACCUGGAGAGAAGACGUGGUGACCAACGGCAUCGGCAGGGUGGAGGGCAUCACUGUGGACUGGAUAGCAGGUAACAUCUACUGGACAGACCAGGGCUUUGACGUGAUCGAGGUGGCCAGACUCAAUGGUUCAUUCCGCUAUGUGGUCAUCUCCCAGGGUCUGGACAAGCCCCGUGCCAUCACCGUCCACCCAGAAAGAGGGUAUCUAUUCUGGACAGAGUGGGGUCAGGUCCCCCGUAUAGAGAGGGCCCGUCUGGACGGCUCUCAGAGAGUUGUCCUGGUCAAUGACAGCAUCAUGUGGCCCAACGGAAUCUCCAUCGACUACAAGGAGCGGCGGUUGUACUGGUGUGAUGCGCGGACUGAUAGGAUAGAGCGUAUCAAUCUGGAGAAUGGAGAAAACAGAGAGCUGGUGCUGGCCAAUAACAAUAUGGACAUGUUCGCUGUGUCCGUCUUCGAGGGCUUCAUCUACUGGAGUGACAGGACUCAUGCCAACGGUUCCAUCAAGAGAGGCAACAAAGACAACGCUACAGAAUAUGUGUAUCUGAGGACAGGCAUCGGUGUACAGCUGAAGGACAUCAAGGUCUUCAACAGGGACAGGCAACAAGGCACCAACGUCUGUAAAAACAACAAUGGCGGCUGCGAACAGCUCUGCCUUUACCGCGGCAACGGGGAGCGAACCUGCGCCUGCCGCGCACACGGCAUGCUGGCCGAGGACAGCCACAGUUGCCGCGACUACGACGGCUACCUGCUGUACUCGGAGCGGACCAUUCUGAAGAGUAUCCACCUAUCAGACGAGACCAACCUGAACGCCCCCAUCGAGCCCUUUGAGGACCCGGAACACAUGAAGAACGUCAUCCCCUGACCUUUGAACCACCGCGGAGGAGGGGGAGAGGGGAGCCAACCGAUCUUCUUCAGUGACAUACACUUUGGAAACAUCCAGCAGAUCAACGAUGACGGAUCAGAACUGCAGAAGGUUGUAGAGAAUGUAGGCUCAGUGGAGGGCUUGGCGUACCACCGUGGCUGGGAUACCCUCUAUUGGACCAGCUACACCACCUCCACCAUCACCCGACACACGGUCGACCAGGGCCGACCGCAGGCCUACGACCGCAACACCGUGGUCACCAUGUCUGGAGACGACCACCCCAGGGCCUUUGUGCUGGACGAGUGUCAGGAUCUGAUGUUCUGGACCAACUGGAAUGAGCAGUCUCCCAGUAUCAUGCGUGCCAGUCUGUCUGGUGCCAACGUGCUGGUGAUCAUCGGUAAUGAUAUCCGCACCCCCAACGGCCUGGCCAUAGACCAUCGCGCAGAGAAACUCUACUUCUCAGACGCCACACUGGACAAGAUAGAGCGCUGCGAGUACGACGGCAGCAACCGCUACGUGGUGGUGAAGAAUGAGCCGGUGCAUCCGUUUGGCCUGGCGGUGUAUGGGGACUACAUCUUCUGGACUGACUGGGUCCGCAGGGCCGUGCUCAGAGCUGACAAGUUUGUGGGCAGAGACAUGAGGUUGUUGAGAAAUGACAUCCCCCAGCAGCCAAUGGGAAUAAUCGCUGUGGCCAACGACACCAACAGCUGUGAGUUCUCCCCCUGUCUGACCAACAACGGGGGCUGUCAGGACCUGUGUCUGCUCACCUCAGACGCGAGGGUCAACUGUAGUUGCCGUGGAGACCGCAGACUCCUGGAGGACAACAGCUGUUCAGCUCUGAACGCAUUGUGUGGUAGUGUGGAUGACUUUGAGUGUGGCAACGGGGAUUGCAUCAACUACAGCCUGACCUGUGAUGGCAUGGCCCACUGCAAGGACAAGUCAGACGAGAAACAGUCCUACUGCGCGAACCGUCUGUGUAAGAAAGGCUACAGGCGAUGUAUCAAUGGACGCUGCAUCGGCCACAUGUUCUGGUGUGACGGGACUGACGACUGUGGAGAUCACUCCGACGAGCUGCCCUGCAACAUGACCCUGUGCAAAGCCGGAGAGUUCCAGUGUCGAGAUGGGAGCUGCAUCUCCAACACCAGCCGCUGUGACCAGGUGGUCAACUGUGAGGAUGCCAGUGAUGAGAUGAACUGCUUGCCAACUGACUGUUCUCGCUACUUCCGUCUGGGGGUGAAGGGGGCGACCUUCCAGAGCUGUGAGAGGACCACACUGUGCUAUCUGCCUUCCUGGAAAUGUGACGGUAACAACGACUGUGGAGACUUCUCAGACGAGAGGAACUGCCCAGACAAGAAGAAGCUGAAGUGCCCGGUGAACUUCUUUGCGUGCCCCAGUGGUCGCUGUAUCCCUAUGAGCUGGACCUGUGACAAGGAGAACGACUGUGAGAACGGCGCUGACGAGACCCACUGUGAUAAGUUCUGUACGUCCACUGAGUUUGAGUGUGGGAACCAUCGCUGUAUCUCCAACCACUGGGUGUGUGACGGUGCCAACGACUGUGGUGACAAAUCUGACGAGGACGACAGAUGCAAAACUAAGACGUGCAGCCCGGAGGCGUUCCAGUGUCCCGGCACUCAUGUGUGUGUCCCUCAGCGCUGGAAGUGUGACGGGGACAAGGACUGUCUGGACGGGGCUGACGAGAGCAUCAAGGCUGGCUGCUGCAUGACAACAGAGGAGAAGAAGAAAGGGCUAUGGAGAGUAGGGCAGAGAGAACGGGAGUACCCAACGUGUGGGCCAGGGGAGUUCCGCUGUACCAACGGCCGCUGCCUCAACCAGAAGGUCUGGGAGUGUGAUGGAGAGUUUGACUGUCAGGACCGCUCAGAUGAGGCCCCCAAGAACCCCCACUGCACAGACUCAGAGAGGAAGUGUAAUGAGUCUGCCUACUUGUGUCGUAACGGGAAGUGUCUUAACGAGACGUUGCUGUGUGACCGUAAUGACGACUGUGGUGACGGCUCUGACGAACUCAACUGCUUCAUCAACGAGUGUCUGAACAGCAAGCAGAGUGGCUGCUCCCAGCUCUGUGAGGACCUCAAGAUAGGUUUCAAGUGCAGGUGUCUUCCUGGUUUCCAGCUGAAGCGGGAUGGGAAGACAUGUGUGGAUAUAGAUGAGUGUACCACGUCCUACCCCUGUACCCAGCGCUGUAUCAAUACACACGGAUCCUUCCACUGUCUCUGUGUGGAGGGCUUCCAGCUACGGCCUGACAAUCCUACUAUCUGCAAGUCCACCUCUGAUGAGGAGCCGUUCCUGAUCUUUGCUAAUCGGUACUACCUGAGGAAGCUGGGCCUGGAUGGUUCCAACUACACCCUGAUAAAACAGGGCCUGAACAAUGCGGUGGCGCUGGACUUCCACUAUGCAGAACAGAUGCUCUACUGGACAGACGUGACCACUCAGGGCUCCAUGAUACGACGCAUGAACAUCAACGGCAGUAACAUAGAGGUGCUGCACCGGACCUCCCUCAGUAACCCAGAUGGAUUGGCUGUGGACUGGGUGGGAGGGAACCUUUACUGGUGUGAUAAGGGGCGGGACACCAUCGAGGUGUCCAAGCUCAACGGAACCUUCCGGUCGGUCUUGGUGAACGCCGGCCUGAGGGAACCACGCGCUGUGGCUUUGGACGUACGCAACGGGUACCUGUAUUGGUCAGACUGGGGGGACAACCCGCAUAUAGGGCGGAUCGGGAUGGACGGCUCCAACAGAAGUGUGAUCGUAGAGGAUAAGAUCACCUGGCCCAACGGCCUCACGCUGGACUUAAUCAAUGACCGCAUCUACUGGGCCGACGCCAGAGAGGACUACAUCGAGUUUGCCAGCCUGGACGGGAGUAACAGACACACGGUGCUUACCCAGGACGUCCCCCACAUCUUCGCCAUGACUCUGUUUGAGGAGUACAUCUACUGGACCGACUGGGAGACCAAGUCCAUCAACAGGUGUCACAAGACCCUGGGUAUCAACAAGACCACCCUGAUCACUACCCUCCACCGGCCCAUGGACAUCCACAUCUACCACCCUUACCGCCAGCCUGAGGUGUUCAACCACCCGUGCCAGACAGACAACGGUGGCUGUAGUAACCUGUGUCUGCUGAGCCCUGGAGGGGGCUACAAGUGUGCCUGUCCCACCAACUUCUACCUGGCCAAUGAUGGACACACCUGCAUGUCCAACUGCACUGCCAGCCAGUUUGUGUGUAAGAACGACAAGUGCAUCCCCUUCUGGUGGAAGUGUGACACGGAGGACGACUGUGGGGAUCGCUCGGACGAGCCUGCAGAAUGCCCUAAGUUCAAAUGCCGGCCAGGCCAGUUCCAGUGUGGGACAGGCAUCUGUACCAACCCAGCUUACAUCUGUGAUGGGGACAAUGACUGCCAGGAUCAUUCGGACGAGGCAAACUGCGACAUCCACGUGUGUCUGCCCAGUCAGUUCAAGUGCUCCCACCCCAGCCGCUGUAUCCCGGGAAUCUUCCGCUGUAAUGGACAGGACAACUGUGGAGAAGGCGAGGACGAGACGGACUGCCCCGAGGUCACCUGUGCAUCCACCCAGUUCCAGUGUGCCAUCACCAAGCGCUGUGUCCCUCGUGUCUGGGUGUGUGACCGUGACAAUGACUGUGUGGACGGAUCGGACGAACCAGCCAACUGCACCCAGAUGACGUGUGGCGUGGAUGAGUUUCGCUGUAAGGACUCUGGUCGCUGCAUCCCGGCCCGGUGGAAGUGUGACGGGGAGGAUGACUGUGGAGACUCAUCUGACGAACCCAAAGAAGAGUGUGAUGAGAGGACAUGUGAGCCAUACCAGUUCAGGUGUAAGAACAACCGCUGUGUCCCGGGUCGCUGGCAGUGUGACUAUGACAACGACUGUGGGGACAACUCGGACGAGGACAAGUGUGUCCCACGGCAGUGCUCAGAGAGUGAGUUUGCCUGUACCAACGGACGCUGUAUCGCCGGGAGGUGGAAGUGUGAUGGAGACCAUGACUGUGCUGACGGAUCUGAUGAGGGCGGCUGUGACCUGAAGUGUGACAGUGACCAGUUCCAGUGUGAGAACGGCCACUGUAUCCCCAACCGCUGGCGCUGUGACGCAGAUGCUGACUGUUUGGACGGCAGCGAUGAGGAGAAGUGUCACAUAGCUGUUGAGAGACACUGCCCCCUGGACGACUUCCAGUGUAACAACACGCUGUGUAAGCCCCUGGCCUGGAAAUGCGACGGAGAGGACGACUGUGGAGACAACUCGGAUGAGAACCCUGACGAGUGCAGGAGGUUCCAGUGCCCCCCCACCAGGAGUUUCCGCUGCCAGAACGACCGUGUGUGUCUGAAAGUGUCCAAACAGUGUGACGGAGUUGACAACUGCGGGGACAACUCUGAUGAGCUCAACUGCCAGCCCCCUCCAGCCCAGCCUACCUGUGACAAGGAUGAGUUCCUGUGUGCCAAUGGCAGGUGCAUCAGCUCCAGCCUGCGCUGUAACUUCUUCAAUGACUGUGAGGACUACGGUUCAGAUGAGAUCCACUGCAAGACAGACACCAAGCUGAACGACUGCAGGAGUAACAGGACUCUGUGUGGGGACGGGGAUGAGGCACACUGUGUCAGCAACCGGACAGACUCCUUCUGCUCCUGCAAACCAGGCUUCCAGAAGACUGCUCAUAACACCUGUGAAGAUAAGAAUGAGUGUAAGCAGUUUGGAGUGUGCUCCCACAUGUGCAACAACACCAAGGGAUCCUACAAGUGUAGCUGCCACAAACACUUCACCAGGAUCAAUGACACCUGCAAGGCUGACAACCAGAACAGUAGCAGACAGGUGCUCUACAUCGCCGAUGACAACGAGAUCCGCAGCCUGGACCCUGGCAUGCCCAACUGGCGCUACGAGCAGAGCUUCCAGGGCGAUGCCAACGUACGCAUCGAUGCCAUGGACCUGCACGUCAAGACCAACCGCAUCUACUGGACCAACUGGCACACUGGCAGAAUCUCCUCCUACGAGCUGCCUUCAUCAUCGUCAUCUUCCUCUUCUGGCACAUCGUCAAAUACACGCCGCAACCGCCGCCAUAGUGAGGGAGGUGUUACUACCCUGGAGAUUGUAGGGCAUCUAAACAUGCCUCGGGGUAUAGCGGUGGACUGGGUGGCUGGUAACCUGUACUGGACUGAAUCUGGCAGAGAUGUGAUCGAGGUGGCCCAACUUUCAGGCAAACACCGCAAGACCCUAAUCUCAGGCAUGAUAGAUGAGCCUAACGCCAUUGUAGUGGACCCCCAGAGAGGGACCCUGUACUGGGCCGACUGGGGAAACCACCCUAAGAUUGAGACAGCAGCCAUGGAUGGAACCCUGAGACAGACCCUGGUCCAUGAGAACAUCCAGUGGCCCACAGGUCUGGCGGUAGACUACUUCAAUGAGCGCUUGUACUGGGCGGACGCUAAGCUCUCUGUUAUCGGGAGCGUUCGACUCAACGGCUCCGACCCUGUCAUCUCCAUCACAGGACUCAAAAACAACCUGCUCCAUCCGUUCAGCAUCGACAUCUUUGAGGACUACAUAUAUGGYGUCACCUACAUUAAUAACUUUGUGUUCCGGGUCAACAAGUUUGGCAAGAGCCCCAUGGAGAACCUGACCACUGGCAUUAACCACGCCACAGACAUAGUCCUUUACCACCGUUACAAACAACCAGAGAUGACCAACCCAUGUGACAGGAAGAAGUGUGAGUGGUUGUGUCUGCUCAGCCCCAGUGGUCCAGUCUGUACCUGUCCAAACGACCGCGUGGCUGAAAAUGGCACAUGUGUGGAGAGACCCCCUUCCACACGGUCUCCAUUCUCCCCCUCUCCCCUCGGGCCGUGUACGGUCCAGUGCCUGAACGGAGGGAACUGUUUCCUGAACACCAGGCAGCAGGCUAAGUGUCAGUGCCAGCCCAGUUUCACUGGAGAGAGGUGUGAGGUCAACCAGUGUAGAGACUACUGUAAGAAUGGAGGAGCCUGCACUGCCUCAGUCAUAGGGGCCCCUACCUGCCGCUGUCUGAAGGGCUUCACGGGGCCCCAGUGUAAACUCCACACCUGUCAGGACCACUGUCAUAAUGGAGGCAGCUGCACUGUAUCCCAGGGCAACCAGCCCACCUGCCGCUGUCCGCCUGAGUAUCUGGGAGACCAGUGUCAAUACAGUACAUGUGAGGGUUACUGUGAGAACCAGGCCAUGUGUCUGCAGACGGCCAAUGCCACCAAGCUGUGUCGCUGUACCUCUCAGUUCCAUGGACAGCUCUGUGAGCUGGACAAGUGUGAGUACUGCGGACCCAACGGCAAGUGUCUGCCCAAAGCCUCAGGAGAGGUCAUGUGCAGCUGUCCUAACGGUCGUACCCAGCCCAGCUGCUACACCUGUCUAGAUUUCUGCACCAAUGGACUCUGCUCUAUCGAACCACGCACACUACUGCCCCAGUGCAAGUGUUCUAUAGGGUGGAGGGGGUAUCGAUGUGAAGUCACUGCCUCUCCUGUGGACUCUCCUGAAUCCAGUGGAAGUUCUGCCUCCAUAAUCGUCCCAGUGCUGCUGCUGUUAUUACUGGCGCUGCUGGUUGUCGGCGCCAUCUUGUGGUACAAGAGGAGAAUGCGUGGUGCUAAGGGCUUUCAGCACCACAGGAUGACCAACGGGGCCAUGAAUGUGGAGAUAGGGAACCCAGCCUAUAAGAUCUACGAAGGGGAGCCAGACGACGAUGCUGGGGAACUCCUGGAUUCAGACUUCGCUUUAGACCCAGAUAAGCCCACCAACUUCACCAACCCAGUGUACGCCACCCUGUACAUGGGAGCCCACAACAGCCGCAACUCCUUGGCUAGUACUGACGAGAAGAAAGAGUUACUCUCCCAGGUGGACGAGGACAUGAGUGACCCGCUGGCAUAGAGGUCAGGGGUCAGGCACGCCCGAGCCACGUCUGGACCACGCCCACAUGCCUUUUACCAAUCAAGAAAAGCAUCAAAAGGAAGAAAGAGAGAACACUGUAUAAAAUGUAUACAAUGAAGGACUACUUUUGUAUGUGAUUGCAGUAUUCUUUUUUGUUCUUUUGAGAAAAAGGAAAAUUUGCCUAUUCAGAAAAAGGAAGAACCAUUUCAUAGAUUUUUUAAUUCAACUCGUUUUAUUUUGCUCACCUUCCUCCCCCCUUGCUACUGUCACUCCCCCUUCAUCCCUUGAUCCAUAUAGCCACUACCUCUAUGUAAAGGUGUAGAGAAAAACAAACAGCAGUUAGUUCAUUUUGUAUGAAUUGUGUAGGGAAAAAACAUUGUUCUAUUUCAGAGAAGUUUGUUUGUGAAAGAUAUGGAGAAAAGAGGAUGUAAAGUUUAAUAGUCAGUAGUCAGUUCUGAAUGCCAAUUGACGCUGGUUUGGUUUAUGUGUUACUUUCUGUGCCAUCUAUCUCUACUGCUUGAGGUGUACAAUAUAUCAAUAGAAUGGUGUAGAAUGAGAACACGGCUGUUGGAACUAAAAGGGUUCUGUAACUGUGUUCAGGAACUGGAACAGGAACCACAUGGCAGAGUAAGUCAGCAUCACAAAUACUAAUGUCCGUUCUGUUGAAAACUAUGUUCCACGUGAUUGUCUUUUUUCUCCUUGCACAGAAGACUAGAAGUGUGUGUGUGUGUGUGUGUAUAUACACUACAUGACCAAAAGUAUGUGGACCCCUGCU